AUGCUAACAUACUUGCUAGUACCUUGCAAACAUGAGCUAGCAAUCCGCCAAGUGCAGUUCUCUGCCAAGUUGAAGAAAGAGGGGCUCUUGGAACGUCUGCGAGAGGCACUAAAAACAGAAGUCAAAGUGAGAAUAUUUGGGGAUGUCAUUCGCAAAUCAGAGAAGAAGAAAGACAAAAGGAAGAACGACGAUUUGUCUGAAUUCGCUCCUGGGUCCUACUGGGAGCCAUUGAACCCAAAAGAAGAAGCCGUGGAGGAGCCAGAGAACACAAUCCGCAAUGCAAGAGCCCCCACUGUGCCCGCAGAUGAAGCAGGAAGUGUUCCGGUCAAGCACAAUUUCGCAGAGACUUUUGACCGACCUAUCUUCACAGGCAAGAGGACAGUACCGAAGUAUCAUUCGAAUGGCAAACGAAUUAUGCAAGAGGGUAGACAAGUCAACGAAAGUGUCAUGAGAGAACAUCUGUCACUUCGACAGGAAUUCUUGCGCAAGAACAAGCUUACCCAAUACUCAGAUCCUGUGGAGUAUGCCAACGCCUUUCUUCCUUGGGACGAAAACCUUCACGACCCCAAGUGGCUCAGCAUUUCCAAGCUGACAACAUUCACCAACAUGAAGGCGCAGCUUAGUAAUGCCGGUGAUGGGGGCACAUGUUAUCGUGACUUCAAGCCGUUCAAUGUGAAAGAGAUUCGACAAUUCCUUGGCUUGUAUGUUUUGAAUGGAUUGAGUCCGUCACCAAGGAUUGAAAUGAAGUUCCAACCACAACACAUGGACCGCGUUCAAGGCAGCGACUACGUGCAACAGAACCUUCCACCAAAUGCCACAAGAAGAUUCCGGCAUUUCAAAGCUUUCUUUGCCUGUCAAGAUCCAAGGAAGAUGCCACCAGCAAGGAAGGUAUCGCCUUUGUUCAAGGUGUCACCAGUGGUGAAGUGGAUGAAUUUCAUUGGUCACAACGCCGUACUCAUUGGAAUGAAUGCAGCUGUGGACGAACAAACAAUCGGCUUCCAAGGACGACACGUCGACAAGCUACGGAUUACAUACAAGGCAGAAGGCGAUGGAUUCCAGUGCGAUGUUCUUUGUGAGGAAGGAUUUACUUAUGCUGUGUACUUUCGAAACGAACCACCACCGGCAAAGUACAUUCGACAGGGCUUCUCUCCUUUGCAUGCAAGAGUUCUUUGGCUGUUUGACCAGCUGCGCGACAACUACCAUCGCGUUUGGAUGGACAACCUUUACCUGUCCGCCAAGUUUGUUAAGGGAUGCUACAACCAUGAACGCAAGGUUUUGAUUGCUGGUGUCACUAGAAAGCAGGGGCGCGGAAUACCACUGUCCGUGCUACAGGAAGAAGUCAUGAGAAAGUCUGAACAAGAACAAGUCCGCGGAACAGUCAAGGUUUCUGUCUUGAAGGGAGAUCCUCAUUGUCCUGACUUGGUGGCUGCAAGCGUUUAUGACACCAAGCCGGUACACUUCUUAUCGAUGAUUGCUCCAUCGAUCCAGUGGGUUAAGAAGGAACGGCAAGUGUACAAUGUUGACAGUGGACGUGUGGAGAAGAUGGGCUUUCUACGAUUGAACAUCAACGAUGACUACAACAACGACAUGGGACAUGUGGAUGUGUCCGAUCAACUGAGAAACUCCUACCGUUUCGAUCAUUGGUUGCAACAGUGGAAGUGGUGGUGGUCCAUCUGGAAUUGGGCAUUUGGUGUCUUCCUGGUAAAUGCGUUUGUUGUGUACAAUCAGGUGAUGGAAGAAGCCAACGUUCCCAAGAAACACCGACUGACUCACUACGCCUUUCGCGAAAAGAUUGCUCUACAGUGGAUCAAGAGUGACGAAGUUUCUAUUCGACAGAGGCAGCGAGAUUCCGAGCAACGACAAGAGGAAAGAAGCGGAGCAGUGAAAGCUAGACUUGGUGGUGACCGGUCGGAAGCAACAAGAAAGCGAGCUACCAUGACAAACCCAAACGACAAUAAUCAAAGGAAAAGACGAAAGGUGACUCCUCCCCACAAGACAAGAGGGCAAAUGGAAAUGGUGGACACAAAAGGGAAGGCACAUACACUUACUGAUUCGACAAUUGCAAGUCCUUCCGGUCCUCUGGCAAAAAGAUGUGACCGCUUUCUCAGACACUUUCCAGUCAGAUCCAACAACACGAGGCCCAAGUGUGCUGUGCAUAGGUGGGCGGCAGACAUGGAAGAGAAGAAGGACGUCUACCGGUGCUGCGUCUGCGAGAUCCAUCUAUGCAUUGACUGCUUUCCGGUUUUCCAUUGUAAAACCAAUCUACUUGAACACAAACAGACUUUGCGGGAUCAGCUUUUGGCAAAGAAAGAGGACAAAAAAGCAAGCAAACAACAAUCCAAGCCAUCCUCUAAGAGUAGCUAA